AUGACCUCUCUCGUAUCAGAAUUUAUCAUAAAUCCAGUCUUACGAACCGCCAGACGCUUCUCCCGUAACGGCGCCGAUGAUAUAAUUCCCCCCGCCGCAACGAACGAGCGAGUACUUGGUGACAGCAGACAUGAGUAUGUGGUGAAGGAUGUAGGAGAGGAGGUAAAAGGGCAGGUCGAAUGCAAGACUGAACGAAGAAUUACUGAAGGAAGCAUAUCUGGGGGUCCAUUCACCUCGUCGCCCGUCGAGAGCGAGGAUGGACUCGAGGAUGAAUUAGAAGUGCUAGGGAACGGCCGACGACCAGAUUCACCAACGAAUAAUGGGCACUCUAUACCGCUUGGGUUAGGUUACUCCCGACCAAGCACGAACGAUGUGGACGACGACGUUUCGAACAAUCCAUCUUUUGGGAUACCUCGAGGGCUUCGAACAAAUUCAGGAGGAACCAGUACAAGUCAGAGCAUAGUGGAUGUCAGAAUGAGUCCCGCCGAGGGCCCUUCGCGAAGCUCGACUAUGGAGGCUACACAUCACAGAAAUAGCUCCCUGCCCGAAGACGAUGGGAUGGGGCCUCUACGCCAGCAAAUUAUCGUAAUCCAAGCCAUGGACGCUUCUGCAGACGAAAAGGCACGACUAAUGCAUAUGCUGCUUACUCGAAGUUACGCAAAAGCCCAGAGGUCGCAGAUUAAAGGCAAGCAGCCCGCGACGCUCCCAGGUAGAAUGAUAAGUCAGGAGAGGCCAACAACACCCGACACGUUGACUUCUUUCAUUUGGCAAAUGAAUGGAGCAGUCGAUGUGCCGAAUCCAAACGAACAGCAUACCUUCCACCUGUCUCCGAGUGAUCUUGCACGUACAUAUGCUCCAGCGGAUCCCCCUGAAUUAGACGAGGAUGGAUAUGCCUGUGGUAUGGAAGAAUCAGUUCCAGUAUUGGGAUGUAAACAUUACAAAAGGAAUGUUAAAUUGCAAUGCUCAGCAUGUGAGAAGUGGUAUACCUGCCGGUUGUGUCACGACGAAGCGGAGGACCAUGUUCUCAAUCGAAAGGCAACCAAGAACAUGCUCUGUAUGCUCUGUGGUUGCGCUCAGAGGGCAGGAGAGUUCUGUGUCGAUUGUGGAGAACGAACGGCUUGGUAUUAUUGUGGUGUAUGCAAACUCUGGGAUAACGACUCUAAUAAGAGUAUAUAUCACUGCAAUGAUUGUGGCAUCUGCAGGAAAGGUCGAGGCUUGGGCAAAGACUUUUUCCAUUGCAAGGCAAGCACUUCCAAAAUAUCUAUCUGUGCUGUUGCUAACAUUUCUACAGACUUGCGGUGUUUGUAUGUCCAUGUCCGUCGAGCAUUCUCACAAAUGCAUCGAACGGGUAUCAGACUGCGACUGUCCAAUCUGCGGUGAAUAUAUGUUCACAUCUCCCUCCCCAGUUGUAUUCAUGCUGUGUUCCCACGCAAUACACAAGAAAUGCUACGAUGAACAUAUGAAGUCCUCAUACAAGUGUCCCAUUUGCAGCAAAAGUACGGUCAACAUGGAGACCCAGUUUCGAAAUCUGGAUCGAGCUAUUGACGGCCAACCAAUGCCACCUCAAUUUCAAGAUACCAAAGCCAUGGUUUCCUGCAACGAUUGUUAUGCCAAGAGCGCCGUCAAAUACCACUGGUUAGGCCUCAAAUGUGCUAUAUGCGAUUCUUAUAACACAGCGCAAUUAUCAAUUCUUAGCGAUCCUGCUGUAGAGGUACCAGUCAUUGAGACCAGGGAACUUGAAGCCACUCCUAUCCUCGAUCCCACCAAUGGCGAGAAUCCAGCCAUGGGUGGUCGAAGCAGGAGACAUUCCUCCCAUGAUCUACCACCUCCAAAUGACCGAGCAAAUUGCUUCUCCCGUUAUUCUAGACCUCAACGUAUCUCCCGAUCCGUGUCCCCAGUUCGUGGAUCGGGAUUCUUUGACCCACCGCCGCAUGUUGGAUCAGUCGAAACAGAUGACUCGGCGGACGAAGAUGAUCUUGAUUUCUGGGGGAGAGAUGAGCCGAGAAGUGUCACCUCCGCCGAAAACAUCGACGAAAUAGAUGAGGACGAGGAAGAAGAGUCCUCGGAUGAUGAUUCGAUGAUGGAUGAUUGUGAGGAGGAUGAAGGGGAGGAGGAAGAGGAUGAGUUUGCGUUGUUUGGACAUCGGUAA